UUUUCUAURCAUUUCAUUUUGCAUGAUUUGAAGGCAACAGACUGUAACUCUAAUAUAUGCUAUUCGCGAGCGUGAGUUCUUUAAAAAGCGUGACCUUUCAUUAGUAACGAAUUAACUUUAGUCAACAAGCACAAGAGAAUGUGAAUGUUGUAAUUGAUCGAACUUGAUCGUAUUACACAUGGGCUUGAUAGUCAGGGAACUAUGGAACCUCGAAUAACGAUCCCUACAAAACUCGCUUGAUCUGCGGUUUUUACAUGGAUAACUCUUGUUAACAUCAAACCAUUGAACUUUAUUAAGUCAUUUAGCAUCUAUGUUUGUAAAAUGCCAGUGUACGCGUCAACAAAUGGCACCCGAUUAUUAAGCAAGAGGCGUUCUCUCCACCAGCGAUCAACAACGAGAGCAAACUGUCUUCUUACAAAGCAACGCAAUAAUGCACUAGAACUACAUUCUCGUCUUGUGGGAGAAUUCCAUCGUCAGUCAAAGCUACAAGAACUUGAUAAGAAAGAGUGCUACACCGCUUGGUUUCCCCUACUGUCCAAGCAAACAGACGAACAAAACCCCCCUCAAAAGUUAAGUACUCUUCGUACAAACAUAACGCAUUUUAAACCCAUCAAAAAACGAGUUUCCAGUGCAACAGAGGUUGGUCCUAAAGUCAUCUGUGAUCGGCGUUAUAUUCUAGACGACUCUCGCUUAUGUCGACAUUUUUGCGAAUUACUUGGACCUAAUCUUUGUAUUGAUUGUACAAGACUUAAAGAGCGACUAGACGCCUUGAGGGAGAAUGAAAAGCCUCUUGCAUCAUUACAUUUGGAGAGAGACCCAUUUACAGCUCUAGUCUGUAGUCAUUACUAUGAUAAGGAAUGUGAGAAUGACGAGUCAGACGAAGAGGUAAUUGUUAGUGAUUUAUCAGAUCACGAAGAUUUAGACCUUGAUGCGGAAAUCCUAAGAAAACAAUCCCCGGUAUCCAAGGUCUAUUUUAGCGCGUCCCCUCCCGGGAGAGAAGACAGUGGCUACUCGAGUCGGGUGAGCUACAUAAAAGAUCUUACGCGACCUCAAUCAUGUGCAAGCCUCCUAAGAAGCUUUCCGACGACACCUUCGACUCCAAUAAGAAGGGAAAAGACAAGAGUACGAGAAACUAGAACUCAAGAUAGUCUGGUUCCGCUAAGUCCAACUCGCGAGGAAUCAUUAGAUGUAUAUGGAUUCACGAAGACACUCGAAAAACUUCAGAAGCGCAAAGAGGUUUUAGGCUUGGAUAACAAGUGGCCCCGAGAGAGAGUAAAUAGUCCUAAAGUAUCUUGGCAGAAGACUCCUGUUGAACCUAUACUCAUGGAAUUAAAACUUAUUAAUUUUACUCAAUACGAUAAGCUUGGGUACGAACCUCCCCCUCCUGAACCAGAACCACCCGAACCAGUUAUCCCGACUGACGAGUUUGGCUUUCCUUUGAUGGACGCAUUACAAAUAUCUCCCUCGUAGGAUCUAUUGCAGUACCGAACUUCCUACAGGACGAUAAGCUUAGUAUAUUUGCUCUCAACGGCCCAUAGGGGGCAUUGCUGCAAAUAAAAUGAGUUCGCUCCUAUGGCUGCAUGUUAGACGAGUUACUCAGUGCAAGUAAGAACGAGUUGCUGCAUAUUAGACGAGUUACUGCAAAUAAAAAACGACUUACUUGCUGCAUGCAUGCAUGUUCGACGACAAGCACUGCUCGAGUAGUUGCCGCCGCAUUAAUGGGACUGCUUAUUUAUUUGUGAGUGGGGACUGAAAAGUGCUGGUCUUUGGGUAGACUGGCAGCCAAGUCGUAAAAUGCCUUUGGGAUUUUUUUGUCUUCUCCUCGCGGAAAGUGCAUUCUUACGCAAGAGUACCCAUAUAUUGAUUUGAAUGACGUGUUCAUAGAUUAAUGGCUUAUAGAUUGGCUUAGCAGCUGAUGAUGUAAUUCCGGGCUUUUGUUUAGAAGUAAUAUAAUUGAGCAGUAAAAAAAGAUUUCUAGGAUUGUAA